GAUAAUACGUACCUCGUCAAAACAUGAGCACUAAUGAGCUUUGGGUACCUCGAAGGCGGUGCCCGCCUCCACUCCCUUUCUCAAAGCCUGCUCUCCUUCGCCUUUAACCUCGUUAAUCUCUCUCUCAAUCAAGCAUUUCUCUUCUCACUUGUCCCUCUCCAUCGUCAUAUGAAUCCCUCACCGGAAUCAAAUCUCAAGUUCCGGCAACUUUUCCGUCGACAACGUGACACACUCUUUUUCUUUUUUCCGCAAUAGUUUUCAUCAAUCUUGGUCUAACGUGCGCUAUUAUUAGCCCUUCAAGAAAAUCAGGAACCAGCUUGGGAAUGCACUGAAAGCAUUGCAGAGUGACAGUCACAGACAAAACACCAACUCCCUCCCCCUUCCCCCUCUCCUCUCUCUCUCUCUCUGUGUGUCUCUCAAGAGUAUGGAAUCUCUCAGGCAUUCAUUGGUUUCUUUAAUUUAUUGGGUUAUCCACUUUAUUCAAUUAUAUCCAUUCUUUUCAUGUUGAUUUUGCAAAAGUUUAGUUUUAUCAAAUGCACGCUUUGGUUCCAUGCUUAAAAGAACACCACCUCAAAAAGCUAUAACACGCGCUCUUUCUCCUCGUUUAAAGCUUCUUUUCUCUUCUUAAAGGUAGUGACUGUUUCUUGUUGAUGGGUAGAGAUGGUCAUUCUGAUAAUAUAUAAGAAGAAAGGGAAUCUCCUUUGCAUCUUACUUAAAUGCCUUCCUUCUAUAUUAAAUUAAACCUUCCAUCAAGAAAUUUUCAAGCUUUCUUGCAUGCUUAAAGAAAAAAGAAACUGUAGAUUUUCAUGAGGUUUGUUUGGCAGCUAGCUAGCUGGACUUUCUCAAGCUUUUUCUUGCUUGAUUCAAAGUUGCCAUUUGUUUCUUGUUUUGUAGUGCUUAAUUCUGAAUAGUUUCAUCCAUUCUCUCGAUAAUAUCUCAAAUUAAAGCAAGUCUGCUACUUUUACAAAACUGUAUUUAUGGGCUAACUGUAUCUUAACCAGUUAUGGUUUAAUGUUUACUCUCCUAGUCUACCAAAUCUUAGAACACUUCUCCUUUAAAUAAGAUCCUCGUACAUUUCACCAUUUGGUCUUGUCCAAUUUUCUCUCUAAAAUCACGCCUACUUUCUCUAGGUUUCUAUUGCCUAGCUACUCACUCACACUUCAGCUCUUACCUGCUUCAAAUUCACUGAUAUCUGAGUCCCUUAGCCGCAUUUUACAGUGAAGAUUUGCCGCAUUUACAGUGAAGAUUUGACAUACAUAUAUAUGCGCACACACAGAGAGAGAGAGAGAGAGAUCUAAUGCUGCGAUUUCUUUGAUAUAUAAAAUAUAUUAUUCCGUGCAGAGUCUGCAAGAUUUGGUUAUGAGCUCCAGAUACAGUUAAUGGAAGAGGCAAAUUAAGAUCAGUCUGCAAUAAAUGUAACAAGGGGAGUCGUAAAAGCAACAGGUUUAAAUAGCAAUUUUUUUUUUGGUGUGAGGUGUUAAUCGGACGGUGUUGUUGUUAUAAGAGCAGCUUUUGCAUUUAGAGGUGAAAGUUUUACUUGUUCUUCAGAUAUGCCUCACAUGCAAAUCAAGGAUUCUCAGGAGAACCAUGUGGUGUCGUCUUUGCAAACCUUGGAUAUUGCAAAAGAGAGCAUACCCAGGAGGAGAAAUGGAAGGAGAAGAGGAGGCAAAGGACUCAAAAUGGAUUCCAAGAAUAUGUUAUUAUCAGAAGCUAAAGGAACUCCUCCUGCUUCAUGCAAAAGCCUCUUCAUGUUUCAUCGCAGGCCUGGGUAUGGUCAGCUGGGGACGAAGUGCAUGGUUAAAGCCAAUCAUUUUCUCGCUGAGAUACCCGACACAGACUUGAGUCACUACAGUGUAGAAAUAACCCCAGAAGUUACAUCUCGUAAACUGAGCAAAGCCAUCAUGACCCAGUUGGUAAAACUGCACAGAGGAACUGAUUUAGGGAUGAGGCUACCUGUUUAUGAUGGAGGAAGAAACCUUUACACAGCAAGAUCAUUGCCUUUUAUCUCCAAAGACUUCACUGUAACUUUGGUUCACGAAGAUGAGGCAACAGGCAAUUUCAAGAAAAGAGAAUUCAAAGUGACAAUAAAGUUUGAAGCACUUGCUAGUAUGCUGCAAUUAAGGGAGCUUUUUUCUGGAAAACCAGUUGAUACUCCUCAAGAAGCGAUUACUAUUAUUGACAUCAUACUAAGGGAAUUUGCUGCUCAAAGGUACGUAUCAAUUGGAAGGUCCUUCUAUUCUCCUGAUAUAAAGAAACCACAGAAGCUGGAUGGAGGUUUAGAAUCAUGGCGGGGCUUCUACCAAAGUAUAAGACCAACUCAAAUGGGGCUAUCACUGAAUAUUGAUAUGUCGGCUACGGCUUUCAUUGAACCACUCCUUGUUAUUGAUUUUGUUGCUCAAAUUUUGUGCAAGGACGUGUAUAAAAGGCCAUUAUCAGAUGCAGAUCGCGUUAAGGUCAAGAAAGCUCUUAGAGGUGUCAAAGUUGAAGUCACUCACAGAGGAAAUGUACGAAGAAAAUACCGAAUUUCCGGGUUGACAACACAGCCUACAAGAGAGCUAAUCUUCCCACUCGAUGGGCAUAUGAACAUGAAAUCAGUUGUUGAGUACUUUCAAGAGAUGUACGGCUAUACCAUUCAGUAUCCUCAUCUACCUUGCCUGCAAGUAGGAAACCAGAGGAAGGUGAACUAUUUGCCGAUGGAGGCUUGCAAGAUAGUCCAGGGACAAAGAUAUACAAAAGGGCUAAAUGAGAAGCAGAUCACUUCUUUGCUAAAAGUUUCAUGUCAAAGACCCCGUGAUCAAGAAUCAGAUAUUUUACAGACAAUUCAACAAAAUGGGUACAACCAAGAUCCAUAUGCGAAAGAGUUUGGCAUCAGCAUAGAUAGCAAGCUUGCAUCUAUUGAGGCUCGAGUUCUACCGGCUCCAUGGCUGAAGUACAAUGAUACUGGAAAAGUAAAAGAAUAUCUUCCUCAAGUUGGCCAGUGGAAUAUGAUGAACAAGAAAGUGAUAAAUGGAAGUACCGUAAGAUAUUGGGCUUGCAUCAACUUCUCACGAAGUGUCCAAGAAACCACAGCUAGAGGCUUUUGCCAGCAGUUGGGUCAGAUGUGCCAAAUCUCUGGCAUGGAUUUUAACUGCGAACCAGUACUUCCAAUAUAUUCAGCAAGACCUGAUCAGGUAAAGAAGGCCUUGAAAUAUGUUUAUCAUGCAGCUGCAAAGAAACUUGAAGGGAAAGAACUGGAGUUGCUUAUUGCAAUUCUUCCUGACAGCAAUGGCUCAUUGUAUGGUGAUUUAAAAAGAAUUUGUGAAACUGAUCUCGGGUUGAUUUCCCAGUGCUGCCUUACCAAACAUGUCUUCAAAAUUAACAGACAGUACUUGGCAAAUGUGUCACUCAAAAUCAACGUUAAGAUGGGAGGAAGAAAUACUGUGCUUUUGGAUGCUUUGAGUUGGAGAAUUCCCUUGGUCAGCGACAUCCCAACAAUAAUUUUUGGGGCUGAUGUAACACAUCCAGAGUCAGGAGAGGACACUAGUCCAUCUAUAGCUGCUGUUGUAGCCUCCCAAGACUGGCCUGAAGUUACAAAAUAUGCCGGAUUAGUAUGCGCUCAGCCUCACCGGCAAGAACUUAUUCAAGAUUUAUUCAAAACAUGGCAGGACCCUCAACAGGGAACUGUCUCUGGAGGCAUGAUCAGGGAGCUCUUACUUUCAUUUAAGAAAGCCACUGGGCAAAAGCCAUUGAGGAUAAUAUUUUACAGGGAUGGUGUAAGCGAAGGACAGUUCUACCAGGUUCUGUUGUAUGAACUUGACGCGAUUCGAAAGGCUUGUGCAUCGCUAGAACCCAGUUACCAACCUCCAGUGACAUUUGUGGUUGUCCAAAAGCGGCACCAUACUAGACUCUUCACGAGCAAUCACAACGACAGAAAUAGCACUGACAAGAGUGGAAAUAUUUUACCUGGUACUGUAGUGGAUUCUAAAAUAUGUCAUCCGACUGAAUUCGACUUCUAUUUAUGUAGUCAUGCAGGAAUCCAGGGCACCAGCCGGCCUGCCCAUUAUCAUGUGCUGUGGGAUGAGAACAACUUCACUGCAGAUGAGAUUCAAUCUCUGACAAACAACCUCUGCUAUACGUAUGCAAGGUGCACACGCUCGGUUUCUGUAGUUCCUCCUGCAUAUUAUGCUCAUUUGGCAGCUUAUCGAGCUCGGUUUUACAUGGAACCUGAGGACGCGCCGGAGAAUCCUAAGAUGCGUUGCACACGCGCCGCCAAUGGAUCAUGCGUCCGCCCCUUGCCUGCAUUGAAAGAUAAGGUGAAGAGCGUCAUGUUUUACUGCUAAGAGGAAGAGCGGAAGCAAUGAAAAAUGGCUCGGUACAAAGAAUAAAGAAGAAGAAGGAAAAAGAAAAAGAGAGAUUAUAAGCAUUUGUACAUUGGUAUUCUUAGCUUAUAGUGCAGAGAUUCUCCACUGAAAAUUUUGACCACCCGCUCAGUGGUAAUGAAAUGAAGAGUUCUCAUUUUAAUCAAA